AUGUUUCGCUGUGCUGAAGGUAAAUGUAUACCAUCGCUUUGGGUGUGCAAUUAUCAAAAGGACUGUGAAAGGGGAGAAGAUGAGUUUCAAUCGUGUCCACCACCUGAUUGCGACAGCGGACAAUUUAGUUGCGGUCAAUAUAUUUUCAAUAAAACUUACUGCAUUCCACCACACUACAAAUGUGAUAUGGUUGUAGAUUGCGUCGAUGGAACAUUCCGUAAAUGUCAACCUGAUGACAUUCAUUGCGGUCUACCAGGUAACGCAACUGGAAUUAAUACCAACGGUAAAUCAGCAGAUCCAUGUGUGCCUGCUGACAAAAAGUGUGAUGGAUAUUUUGAUUGUCGAAGUGGUAAAGAUGAAGAAGGAUGUACCGGCAUUGCUUGUCGAUUAGAUCAAUUUCGCUGUGCGAAUGGUGCACGUUGUAUUGAUGCAACACUGAAAUGUAAUCACAAAAAUGAUUGCGGUGAUAAUUCAGACGAAGCUGCUUGCAAUUUUCCGCCAUGUCAUGGAGGCCAAUUUCGCUGUGCCAAUGCUCUCUGCAUACCCGCAAAUUUUCAUUGUGAUGGUUAUCAUGAUUGUGCUGAUGAAAGUGAUGAAGCUAAUUGUACAGCAAUCGCUUGUCCCGAUAACAAAUUUUUAUGUCCAAACGGUGGACCAAACCGAACACCAAAAUGCAUUGCAAAAUCGCAAUUGUGUGAUGGAAAGCGUGAUUGUGAAGAUGGAACUGAUGAAGAGUCUGCUUGUUCAACAACAUCUUGUCCCGCUUUAGGAUGUGAACAUAAAUGUGGGCCAUCAUUAACUGGUGGCCAAUGCUAUUGUCUUCCAGGACAAACGCUCUCUAAUGACAAUAAAACGUGCACAGAUCUUGAUGAAUGUCUAGAAUGGGGCCAUUGCGAUCAACUUUGUACCAACACUGAUGGCUCAUUUAUGUGUUCUUGCGCUAAUGGUUACACUCUUAUGGAUCGAUCACGAUGUGUUGCACCAAAUGCAGCAAAUUUAGAAUUGAUUUUCGCACAUGAUCGUGCUGUGGUUAGAAUGUCACUUCAUGGACAAGAUUCACGUGUUAUUGCAAAUGCAACAGGUGCAAGUGGAAUUGCAUUUCAUUAUGAAAGAAAUCUUCUUUUCUGGUCAGAUACGAAAACAAGAAAAGUUCAGUCACAGCCAUUGAACGAUGGUGGAUUCGCUGGAAGUGAUUUAACACUACCAGGAACUUGGGCUCCAGUGGCUUUAGCUGUUGAUUGGAUUGGUGAUAAACUUUAUGUUGCUGAUUUAAUUGGACAGAAAGUUGAUGUGUUUGAACUUGAUGGUCGAUGGCAUGCUGUCGUGUUGGGAUCAAAUCUUACAAGUCCAGCUGAUAUUGCACUUGAUCCCACAUCUGGUUUGAUGUUUGUUGCUGAUGGUGGUCAAGUUUUAAGAGCUCACAUGGAUGGAACACAUGUCAGGUCAAUCGUUUCUGAAGCUGCUUAUAAAGCUUCUGGUGUCACUGCUGACGUCAUUUCAAAGAGAGUCUUCUGGUGUGAUUCCCUUCUGGAUUACAUCGAGACAGUUGAUUAUGAUGGACAACAUCGUGUUAUGGUUCUUCGUGGUCAACAAGUCCCUUCGCCAUCUCGUUUAGCAAUAUUUGAGAAUCGAGUUUACUGGACAGACGCAACGAAACAAGGAAUUAUGUCGGUUGAUAAAUUUGAAGGUUCAUCGAGUAUUCAAUCGAUAUUUAAAGCGAAAGAUAUUCGUGAUCCACGUGCUAUUGUUACCAUCCAUAAGCUUAGUCAACCAAAAGCUGUCAAUCCGUGUGGUUCAAACAAUGGCGGUUGUUCUCAAUUGUGUAUUGUAACAGCAAUUGUUGGUUCCGAAGAUAAAACAGUUCCGUCAAGUUUGGGCUAUCGAUGUGCAUGUCAUACUGGAUGGCAAUUAGCGACAGAUUUACGUAAUUGUUAUUUGGUGGAAGAAUUUUUAAUUUAUUCGCAACAACGUUUCAUCAAAGGAAAAGUUCUCGACCCAGCCAUAGAAGGAUUUAGCGACGCAAUCUUACCAGUUGUUUCACGAAGAGCUCGUUUCGUUGGGUUAGAUUUUGAUGCUCGUGAUGAACACAUUUACUAUUCAGAUGUUCUUCAAGAUGUCAUUUAUCGAGUUCAUCGAAAUGGAACGGGAAGAGAAAUUGUUUUGGCAUCACAAAAUGAAGGUGUUGAAGGUUUGGCUGUUGACUGGGCUUCGAAAAAUCUUUACUACAUUGACAGCCGAAAAGGAACAUUAAAUGUGUUGUCGACAAGAAAUGUUACGCAUCGAAGAGUUCUUUUGAAGAAUUUAAAGCGACCGAGAGCGAUUGUUGUUCAUCCCAAUAAAGGUUUUAUUUAUUUUUCGGAAUGGGAUCGACCGGCGAACAUAACGAGAGCAAAUAGUGAUGGUAGUGGUCUGUUAGUGUUUAAGAACGUUACUCUUGGAUGGCCAAAUGGAUUGUCAAUUGAUUUCACAGCCAACCGAGUUUAUUGGUGUGAUGCUUUACUUGACCAUGUUCAACAUUCCGAUUUGGAUGGAACAGACAUAAAGACUGUCAAUUCGAGAUUAAUUCGUCAUCCAUUUUCAAUUGUUAUUCAUAAUGAUUGGAUGUAUAUAACAGAUUGGCGACUUGAUGCUAUCGUACGACUCAACAAGUUGACAGGAGAACAAGAAGAAAUUAUGGUACGUGAACCUCAAACAAAUCGGAUGUACGGUGUGAAAGUUUACAGUCGGAAGACUCAAAGUAUUGCAAACUUGCAUCCAUGUUCAUAUAACAAUGGUGGAUGUGAAAAGAUGUGCUUCGCUGUGCCUGAUAAUGAAACUCAAAAGCUUCAUUCAAAAUGUGCUUGUCCUUAUGGUGAAAGACUUACUGAUGACGGUCAAUCAUGUGUGCUUGAUCCCAAUUCAGAACCUCCAGUUCAAGCUUGUCCAAACUCUUGGGAUUUUACUUGUCGUAAUCAAAGAUGCAUACCGAAGUCAUGGAUUUGUGAUGGUGACGAUGAUUGCUUAGAUAACAGCGAUGAAGAACAAAAUUGUACAAAACCAACAUGUGGCUCAAACGAAUUUCAAUGCAAAUCUGGUCGUUGCAUUCCUUUAAAUUUCCGUUGUGAUCAAGAAAAUGAUUGUGGCGAUCAUUCCGACGAAUUUGAAUGUGGAAAUGUUACAUGCGCUGCUGCACAAUUUGCUUGUGAAAAUGGACGAUGCAUUCCAAAUAUUUGGAAAUGUGACUCGGAAAAUGAUUGUGGAGAUGGAUCUGAUGAAGGCGAUUUCUGUGCUGAGAAAACUUGCGCAUAUUUCCAGUUUACAUGCCCUCGAACGGGUCAUUGCAUUCCACAAUCGUGGGUUUGUGAUGGUGAUGAUGAUUGCUUCGAUAAACAGGAUGAAAAAGAUUGUCCGCCGAUAACAUGUUCAGCAAAUCAAUUCAAAUGUGCUGAUCUACGUCAAUGCGUUGAAGAAACAUACAAAUGUGAUGGAAUCCCUGAUUGUAAUGACGGCUCUGAUGAACUUGGAUGUCCAUCAAUGGAACCAAAUCAAUGCAAUCAAGAGAAACAUUUCCGAUGUAAAACUUCUGGCAUUUGCAUUCCAAUUGCAUGGCAUUGCGAUGGAUCAACUGAUUGUGACGAUGCUUCUGAUGAAGACGAUUGUGGAUCAAUUUCAUGUCCGAAUAACUUUUAUAAAUGCAAAAACUCAAAAUGCGUUUUCAAAGCUUACGUGUGUGAUGGAAAAGAUGAUUGUGGUGAUAACUCCGAUGAGUCUUAUGAACAUGCAUGUGUUGCUCCGCCAUUUAGAUGUCCAAUCGGUCAAUGGGAAUGUCCAGGCAUAACUGCACGUUGUGUCAACAUGACAUCAGUUUGUGAUAAUGUCGUUGAUUGUCCUAAUGGUGCUGAUGAAGGCGAAGGCUGUGACUUAGCUGAGUGUCAACAUCAAAAUGGUCAAUGCUCAAAUGGUUGUCAGAAAACGCCUUCAGGUGCAAUUUGUAUUUGUCCACCAGGUGAAGAACUUGCUGAAGAUGGAUUCACUUGUAAAGAUCUGAAUGAAUGCGAACCAUCAGGACUUUGUUCACAAAUGUGUACCAACACUAAAGGAUCUUACUUCUGUUCGUGCACUGACGGAUACAUUCUCGGAUCUGACAAACACAGCUGCAAAGCUGUGAAUCAUUCAGCAGCAUUUUUAAUCAUUUCCAAUCGUCAUUCAAUUCUUGUUGCUGAUCUCAAAGAACAAGGUCUUGAACGUGUUCCAAUCAUUGUUGAAAAUGUCGUCGCAACAGCUUCAAACAUGCACACUGGAACAAUCUUCUGGUCGGAUAUGAAGUUGAAGAAAAUUUCAAGAUUAGAUCGUGGAAUGGAACCACAAGAAAUCAUCAACACAGGUCUCGAUUUAGUUGAAGGCUUGGCUUAUGAUUGGGUGGGAAAGAAUUUAUAUUGGCUUGACAGUAAACUCAACACCAUCGAAGUUUCAACUGAAAAUGGGUCGAAUCGAAUGGUUUUAGUUCGAGAAAAUAUUACACAACCCAGGGGAAUGUGCCUUGAUCCAAGUCCAGGUACACGUUGGCUGUUCUGGACUGAUUGGGGUGAAAAUCCAAGAAUCGAGAGAGUUGGAAUGGAUGGAACAUUACGAGAAACUGUCAUCAGCAACAAGAUUUAUUGGCCAAAUGGUUUGACACUUGACAUCGCCACCAAACGUGUUUACUUUGCUGAUUCGAAGCUUGAUUUCAUUGACUUUUGUUAUUAUAAUGGAACUGGACGACAACAAGUGCUGGCCGGAAGUCAUUAUCUGCUACAUCCGCAUUCACUUUCUAUGUUUGAAGACACGCUAUAUUGGACAGAUCGGCAAUUAAAUCGCGUGUUGUCAGCACACAAAUUCAAAGGAAACAAUCAAACCGUCGUUUCACAUUUAAUCUCUCAACCACUUUCCAUUCACGUUCAUCAUCCUUCAUUGCAACCAAUGUCUGAUAAUCCAUGUGAUCAAGCAAAAUGUCAACAUUUAUGCUUAUUAAGUCCAUCUGAAAAGAGCGGCUACACUUGUAAAUGCAAGCCAGGAUAUCGAAUUCUUGAAGGUGGUCGAUGUGCUGAAGAGGAAAACGCUUACUUGAUGCUUCUUAAAGGAAGUCAAAUUGUUGAUGUUCCAUUGAAUGGUGGCAACGUUCGUGCUGGUUCUUUGAGUCCCGUUGUUGGUAUUGAGAAUGGAAUUGGACUUGAUUAUGAUAGAAAAGGUGAACAAUUGUUCUGGUUGCAAGGAAAGGAAGACGACGAAGAAAAUUGUACGAUUUAUGUGACGCCUUACGGCGGUGGAAAUAAAACUGAAUUCUUACCAGAUAGUGGCAUUGUUGGUGCACCAUAUGCAAUCGCUUUUGAUUGGAUUGGAAGAAAUUUGUUUAUUGCUAAUCGAUUAGCAAAUAACAUUGAAGUGAUUCGUGUUGAUGGCAAGCAAAGAUAUCGAAGCAUAAUUUUAGCAAAUGACGGUAACAAAACUUCAGUUGCAAAGCCCAAAGCAAUUGCUUUGGAUCCAUCUGAAGGAAAAUUGUUUUGGGUUGAUGAAGGUGGCUUUGGAGUGCCAGCAAAAGUGGGAAAAGUUAAUAUGGAUGGAAGCGGUGCGUUAGUAUUGUCAGAUAAUUUAGAAAAUCCCGAAGCAAUCACAGUUGACAUUGAUAAGAAAGAUAUUUACUUCAGCACACGACAUCCACCAGGCAUUCAUUCAAUGAAAUAUGAUGGAUCGGAGAAGAACAUAAUUUUAAGUGAACAAAAUGACAUUGCAUAUCCAAAGAGCUUGGGAAUAUUAGAGUCACGUUUGUAUUAUUUGGAUCCAACUUAUGAGAAGAUUGUUCGUGUCGAUUUGCCAAGUGGUGACAAUGCAAAAGUAAUUAUUGACAAUGAAGUUGAUCUGAAGAGUAUGAUCAUCUUCAAGAAGCGAUCAAUGUUGCAACAUCCUUGUAUGACAGCAAAUGGUGGUUGUGAACAUUUCUGUUUACCAUCUGAAGGUGGCUCAAGAGUUUGUGCAUGUGGAAUUGGAUAUAAGAAAGAGAAUGAAAUUUCCUGUUCACCUUACAAGUCAUUCGCAGUUGUGUCACAAUUAGACGUAGCCCGAGGUUAUUCACUUAAAGACAGUGCAGAAGCGAUUGUGCCUAUUGCAGGUCCUGGUCAUCACAUUCUGCAUGUUGACAUCGUCUUUAGAGAGUCGUGGAUUUAUUGGGUGGAAUUUAAUCGCGGACAUUGGAAUGGAAUCUUCAGAUCGAGACCGAAUGGAACUGAAAUUCAACACAUCAUUAAGGAUGGAAUUGGAAGCAAUGCAAUCAGAGGAUUGGCAAUCGAUUGGGUCGCUGGAAAUUUAUAUUUCACGAAUGUUUUCCCACACGAAAAUUAUGUUGAAGUUUGUUGGCUUGAUGGAAGUAACAGAAAGAUUUUAGUGAAGACGACGAGUGACGCUCCACGUGAACUUGCUGUUAAUCCUAUCAAGAGACUUCUUUACUGGAUUGACUACGGACAAUAUCCACGCAUUGGAAAGUCUUAUCUUGAUGGUUCUAAUUGGACACCAGUUGUGACAUCAGGAAUAUCGAAUCCACGUGAUUUAACUGUUGAUAUGUUGACACAUGACGUUUAUUGGGUAGAUUCGAAACUUGACAUGAUUCAGAAGAUUUCAUACAGCGGUGGAAAUCGUCAAGUGAUCCGACGAAACUUACCAAAUCCCAUGGGCAUUGCUAUUCAUGUUAAUGAUGUUUAUUGGGUGGAUCGAAAUCUUAUGACAGUUUUUAGAUCUUCUAAAUUCCCUGGAAACACCACGGUACCUGAAAAAAUUCGAACGAAUCUUAUGAAACUUCGUGACAUUGCAAUUUACGAUCAAACAAAUCAACCUCUUGACGACAACAAUCCUUGCUUUAAACUUGGAAAUGGUGGUUGCGAUCAACUUUGCUUCAGCUUCCCUCCAGACACUUUAACAGCAACCGGUCGUUUGAGCUUUAAAUGUGAUUGUGCGACAGGAAAAAUCUCAGCUGAUGGAAGAAAAUGUGAAACUGAAAGUGAAUUUGUUGUCUUCUCAACUCGAACUGAAAUUCGUGCAAUUGAAUUGAAUCCAAAAUCAACUGGAACACCAUUCAAACCUGUGACAAAUUUAACAAACGUUGUUGGUCUUGACUUUGAUUUUGCUGAUAAUAAAUUGUUCUUCACCCAAAUCAGACCAUGGGCGAAGAUUGGUUGGAUGUCAGCUGAUAGUCCGACGCCUAAUAACAUCAACACAAUUAUUCAACGUGGAAUCAAUCCAGAAGGAAUUGCUUAUGAUUGGACACAAAGAAAGAUUUAUUGGACUGACAGCGCUAACAAUUCCAUUUAUGCAAUGAAUCUUGAUGCUUCAGAGCUUGUAAUGAUCUCACGUGUUGAACGACCACGAGCGAUUGUUUUAGAUCCUUGCAAUGGCACACUUUACUACACUGACUGGGGUCGUUUCGGUACAUCUGGAAAGAUUUUCAGAACAACAAUGGCCGGUUCAUUAAAACGUGCAAUUAUCGACAAAGAUCUAUCACAGCCAAGCGGCUUAGCAAUUGAUUACGAAGAUCGAAUGCUUUAUUGGACUGAUGCAGUUCGAGAGAAAAUCGAAAGAUCGAGAAUGGAUGGAAAGAUGCGCGAAGUUCUUGUGUCAGCAACAAUUUAUCCUUUCGCUAUAACUGUUCAUCGGAACUACAUUUAUUGGACAGAUUUACAACUUCGUGGUGUUUAUCGAGCAGAGAAGCACACAGGGGCGAACAUGAUAGAAAUGGUUAAGCGUUUGGAAGAUUCUCCACGUGAUAUUCACAUUUACAGUAAGACACGUCAAGUUUGUCAAGCCAAUCCCUGCAAUCAAAAUAACGGUGGAUGUGCACAAAGUUGUCAUCCUGGCUUAAAUGGAAAAGCCGAGUGCAAGUGCGAUGAUAACUCGAAACCUGUUAAUGAAGGUCGAAUGUGUGCACCGAAGAAUCAUACAUGCGAUGCAAGUAAAUUUUAUUGUAAGAACGGUAAAUGCAUUUCAAGAAUGUGGUCAUGUGAUGGUGAUGACGACUGUGGGGACAAUUCAGAUGAAGACACAAAUUAUUGCGCCUUCCAUUCAUGUUCACCAAAUGAAUUCAGAUGUAACAAUGGUCGUUGCAUCUUCAAAUCAUGGAAAUGUGAUCAUGAGAACGAUUGUAAAGAUGGAUCAGAUGAAUUGAAUUGUGAAUAUCCGCCAUGUGCUGAUGGAGAAUUUACUUGCUUAAAUGGACGAUGCAUACCACAAGCUCAAGUAUGUAAUGGAGUUAAUGAUUGCAAAGAUAACGCAACAUCCGACGAGACUCAUGAGAAAUGUCCAACAAACACAACAUGCCCAGCGAAUCAUUUGAAAUGUGAAAAGACAAACAUUUGUGUGGAACCUUAUUGGCUUUGUGAUGGUGACAAUGAUUGUGGCGAUAACUCAGAUGAAGAUGCAAUUCAUUGUGCGCAAAGAACAUGUCCACAGAACUCUUUCAGAUGUCCUAAUCAUCGUUGCAUUCCUGCAACUUGGUACUGCGAUGGUGAUGAUGAUUGUGGAGACGGUGCUGAUGAACCUCCAGAAUAUUGCAAGUCAGAAGGAAGAACAUGCUUUGGUGAUCUCUUCACAUGUGACAAUGGAAAUUGCAUUCCACGUAUUUACAUUUGUGAUGGUGACAAUGAUUGUUUGGAUAACAGCGAUGAAGACAAUCGACAUCAAUGCAAUGACCGAAAAUGUGACGCUGAAACUGAAUUCACAUGUGAAGUUAAUAAAUCAUGGGGACGAUCACAAUGCAUUCCCAAAAAAUGGCUUUGCGAUGGUGAUCCUGAUUGUGUUGAUGGUGCUGAUGAGAAUGCUACAUUACAUAAUUGUCCCACACCUAAGCCAUGUGUUGAAGAUCAAUUUACUUGUGAAAAUGGAAGAUGCAUUAACAAAGGAUGGACUUGUGAUCACGAUAAUGACUGCGGUGAUGGAUCAGAUGAAGGAAAGUUCUGUAAUUCCCAAUACAAAACAUGUUCAACUCAAGAAUUUACGUGUCAAAACUUCAAAUGUAUCAGAAAUCAAUACAGAUGCGAUGGUGAAGAUGAUUGUGGCGAUCAUUCUGAUGAAGUUGGUUGUAAGAAGGAAAACAACACUUGCACAACUGGACAGUUUGCUUGCAACAAUGGUCAAUGCAUUGAUUAUCAUCUUGUUUGUAACAAAGUUUCAGAUUGUUCAGACGAUUCAGACGAGCCACUUCAUUGCAAUGUCGAUGAGUGUGCAAAGGUUGAGAUUCAUCAAUGUGGACACAAAUGUGUUGAUACAUUAACAAGUUAUUAUUGUGACUGUAAUCAAGGCUACAAAUUGUUAGCUGAUGGUAAAGCUUGUGCAGAUAUUGAUGAGUGUUUAGAGAAGCCUGGCGUUUGCUCUCAAUAUUGUUCGAAUACUCCUGGCGGUUAUUACUGCAAAUGUGACGAACGUUAUUACGAAAGACAAAAUGAUGAACAUACAUGCAAACGCAAAGAUAAUGAACAACCGUGGUUGAUAUUCACCAAUAAAUAUUACGUGAGAAACAUUUCUGUUGAUGGCACUCAAGUCAAUGUUGUGCAUCAAGAUUUAAUGAACGUCGUCGCAAUUGAUUUCGAUUAUCAAGAACAGCAACUUUAUUUCUGCGAUGUCACGGCUAAAACAAUUUUCCGAUCAAAAUAUUCAACUGACGAUGCAAAUGUUAAGAUUGAGAAAGAAGCUGUCAUUAAGCAUGAUUCACAUGGACUUGAAGGUUUAGCAGUUGAUUGGGUUGGAAGGAAAUUGUAUUGGCUUGAUCGUCAUUCGAAGAAUCUUGACGUGUCCGAACUUGAUGGAUCGAAAAGAAAAACUUUAAGAUCAGGUGUUGUGGAUCCUCGUGCCAUUGUCGUACAUCCAGGAAUUGGUUACUUAUACUUCACUUCAUGGCAUCUUCAAGCGUACAUUGCUAAAAUGGGAAUGGAUGGAUCGAACUUUACAAGAAUUCUCACAUGGGAACAAGACAUUGCAUGGCCAAAUGCCUUGACAAUCGAUUAUUUCACUGACAGAAUCUAUUGGGCUGACGCUCAUUUAGAUUACAUUGCAUUUACUGAUUUAGAAGGAAGAAAUCGUCACAUUGUAUUGUCAGGCACAAAAGUUCCGCACGUCUUUGCAUUGUCAGUGUUUGAUGAUUUUGUUUAUUGGACCGAUUGGAAUCUUAAAGCGAUUUUAAGAGCGAAUAAAUUCACAGGAAAGGACAUUCAAACGCUUCGAAACACAACUCAUCGUCCUUAUGAUAUUCAUGUAAAUCAUCGACUUCGACAAGUUCCUUACACAAAUCCUUGUGGUGAUAAUAAUGGUGGAUGCAGUCAUUUGUGUCUUUUGUCACCACCACCAGAAUCAACUUACCUUAACAUCGAAGGAUAUAUUGAAGAAGGUGCGCCAAGUUACAAAUGCGCUUGUCCAAAUCAAUUCUACUUAUCACGAGACAGUAAAACGUGCAUUGCCAACUGCACAACAGGUCAACAUCGUUGUGGCGGAAAUGACGAGAAAUGCAUUCCAUGGUUCUGGAAAUGUGAUGGUGAACCUGAUUGUAAAGACAAAUCCGAUGAACCUGACACAUGUCCUGCCCGUCAUUGUCGUGCUGGAACAUUCCAAUGUGCAAAUCUCAAUUGCACACCUUCAGCGACAAUUUGUGAUGGAAAUGACGAUUGUGGUGAUAACAGCGAUGAACAACAUUGCGAUUUGCCAUGUCCUGAUUCAGACUUUAAGUGCAAGUCAAGUGGUCGUUGUAUUCUCGACAGUUGGCGAUGUGAUGGUGAUGCAGAUUGUAAAGAUGGAAGUGACGAAGAUCCUUCAGUGUGUCAUAAACGAGCGUGUGACCCUGAAACUGAAUUCAGUUGUAAAAAUGGACGUUGCAUUCCGAAACUUUGGAUGUGUGACUUUGACAAUGAUUGCGGUGAUGAUUCUGAUGAACCAGCUUACAUGUGUCGUCAAAGAAAUUGCACAACUGGAUGGAAGAGAUGUCCAGGUCAAUCAAAUUAUCGUUGCAUUCCCAAAUGGCUUUUCUGUGAUGGCAAAGAUGAUUGUCGUGACAAUAGUGAUGAAUUGCCAGAGAAUUGUCCAAUUUGUCAAUCUGAAACUGACUUCAAAUGUAAGAACAAUCGUUGCAUUCCUAAACAGUGGACUUGUGACUUUGCUGAUGAUUGUGGCGAUGGAUCUGAUGAAUCCGAAGGACAAUGCAAAGGAAAAUAUCGCGAAUGUUCAGAGUCUGAAUUCCACUGCGACAAUGGAAAAUGUAUUUCAAGUCGUUGGCGAUGUGAUCAUGAAGAUGAUUGCGGUGAUGGCUCUGAUGAACUUCAUUGUGAAGGCUUCCAAUGUAAGAACGGAACAUUCCAAUGUAAAUCAGGUCAUUGCAUUGCAUCAUAUUUCCGUUGUGAUGGCGAUCGUGACUGUCGUGAUAUGUCAGAUGAGAUUGAUUGUCCACCAAGAUUCCCAGGUGGCCGCUAUUGUCCCGAAACUCGUUUCCAAUGUAACAACAACUUCUGUGUAUCAAAUUCUGAUGUUUGUGAUGGUGCUGAUGAUUGUGGUGACAACUCUGAUGAAGCGCCAGCAGUUUGUUCAAGUCUCAACUGCGAUAAAACGAGAAGAUUCCAAUGUGAAAACAAGAAAUGUAUUCCAAGAUAUCAAAUAUGUGACGGCAUUGAUAACUGUGGCGAUGGAUCUGAUGAGAAUAAUCACACACUCUGUGCAACUCGAUUGAAACCUUGCGAUGCAACAACUCAAUAUCAAUGUGCAAACAAGAAAUGCAUUGAGAGAAAUCAAGUUUGUGACUUCUCCGAUGACUGUGGCGACAAAUCUGAUGAACUUGGAUGUCAUCAUACAAACACUUGUAAUGAUCUUAAUCGAGGUGGUUGUGAUCACACCUGCACGAACUUAACUGACGGUGGAUACAUUUGCAGUUGCUUUAAUGGCUACAUCAUUAAUCAUGAUAAUAAAAAACAAUGCGUGGAUGUUGAUGAAUGUGCAACAGCCACCAGCACAUGUUCACAAGUCUGCACAAAUAUUAACGGAACAUUCUCUUGUUCAUGUCGGUCUGGUUUUGUUUUGUCCGAUGGAUUUUCUGGUGUUUGUAAAGCUGUGAAAGAUGACACGAUGGUGAUCUUCUCGAGUGGUCCUGAAAUUCGUGGAUUUAAUUUGAAACAUAAUGAAGAGUUUAGUGUUGUAGCAGCUGAGAAACGAAUUGAGUCACUCGAUUAUGAUGCUGAGAAGCAAAUGGUAUUUUGGGCUGACAGUUAUGAUCGGACAAUUAAACGGUCUUAUAUGGUGAAUGCAAUGGAUGGUCAAGCGAAGAUUGGAUUUGCACAAGAUCUGAAUAUGAAAGGAAAUUCGAAACCGACAGCAGUUGCUGUUGAUUGGAUAGCUGAAAACUUGUAUUGGACAGAAACAGACAGAACUGGAAGUAAACCUAGAGGUCGUGUGAUGGUAGCAAAGAAUGAUGGUCGAUAUCGUCGUGCAGUUGUUGCUAAUGGAUUGGAAAUUCCAACAUCAAUCGCUGUUGAUCCCGAACUUGGAAGAAUGUAUUGGACUGACUCUGGUUCGGCACCUAAAAUAGAAACGUCAUGGAUGGAUGGAUCAAAGAGAAAACAACUUGUCAUCGAAGCAAUUCGUCAUCCUACUGGUGUCGCAAUUGAUUAUGCACAAGAACAUCGCAUUUAUUGGGCAGAUACUAAAUUAAAUACCAUCGAAUCAAUAAAACCUGAUGGAAGCUUAAGAAAGAUGGUUUUGCGUGGUGAACAAUUAAGACAUCCAAUGUCACUUGACGUUUUUGAAUCGAGUCUUUAUUGGGUAACUAAAGAUACUGGAGAUCUCAUCAAACAAGAUAAGUUCGGACGUGGUGUUCAAGUCGUCAUUCAACGUGACAUUGCAAAUCCAUCAGGAGUGAAAAUUUAUCAUGAAAGUCGCUACAAUACUUCGUUGAAGAAUCCUUGCUAUAAGACGACAUGCUCCCAUCUCUGUCUGUUGGUUCCAGGUGGUAGACGAUGUGUUUGUCCUGACAAUUCUGUGCAGCCAUCACACCGAAGUACUGCUGAAGUCAUUUGUGAUGCUGUCGCUGAAAGACCGCGAGCAUUGCCACGAGUAUGUCCAUGUCAGAAUGGUGGAUAUUGUAAGGAAAACAGCAAUGGUGAAUUAUAUUGUGAAUGUUCGCCAGAAUUUAAUGGAAAGAAUUGCGAGAAGUUCUUAGGGACAACACAUACUGCUGGUGGUAACAGUACAGCAGCUGUCUUGAUUCCAAUUUUCAUUCUUGUACUAAUGGGAGCCGCAGUUGGUUCAUGGUAUAUCAUCAAAAAGAGACCAUUUGGAAAAGCAACACUUGGACUUUCAUCAUCACAAAGUGUUUCGUUUAGACAUGGAACGAAUGUCGAAUUUAAUUCACCAGGAUUUUCAUCAGGUGGACCAACAUCUCCAUCACUUGCAACUGAUCAAAUACCUCCAAUGGACUCGUAUAAUCUCGAGACGCUAAACAAUAAAUCGCGUGACUUUUCAAAUCCAAUGUAUGAUGCUGUUCAGUCGGGUGAUUCUCAUAUAGCACGAAUCUACGACGUGCCGUCGGAAUCCAAAGAACCUGAACCAGCAUCAGCAGUCAUUGCUCCAAGUAGUAUAACACAUAGGACAUCACCUCAACUGCAGAUUAGAAAACCUCGAGAGCUUGAUCCAACAGCUGUUGAUACGGGCAAAGAUACACAAGCUCUAGUAGAAGAAGACAAGUCAGAAUGUUGAUCACAUACCAGAACAUUUUACAAUAGAUUUUAUCGUUUUUAAUCAUUAUUUAAUUUUGAGAAAAAAGAAAGAAAUUUCCGUAUUAUUGAAUCGAAAGUUUGUGCUUCAAUUGUUUAAGUUUCUCCCUUAAAUUAUUAUUUUUUUUUCCCUUGAGCUAAGCUCAUUGUGAAAAUUAAUUACGAAAACAAGAAAGAAAAGAACAUGAAUAAUGUUGAAUUAUUUUUAUUUGUUAAUUUUAUUAUUUAAAUUGAGAGAAGUUUUGAACAAAAGAUGGAGAUGAAGUUUUUUUAAAAGUGUAUUGACAACUUGAUGCAGUUUUGUCAAAGUCGAAUAAUUUCCAGAAAUUUGUAUAGAAAUCAUUUGAGAAAAAUAGCACAUUCUUUUAACUACAGUUUACCUAAAUACAUUCCGUCAUAGUUAUUCUGCAUCAUGGUACUUAUAAUUAAUAAUAAAGUCCAAAAGAAAUAGAAAAUUAUUUUUCAAUAAAACUUUAUUUUUAACACAAAAGGUUGUGUUGAAAUAUCAUUGUGAACUAUGUAGAACGAAGAUGAUGACAAAAAUAAAAGAAACUUUUAAAAACCUUGUUAAAAUUAUAAAA